CAACAAACUACAUUUUCUUGUUUGCUCGACAAUAUUUCUCAAACGUACGUAAAAAUAAGAAAGAAAAAACCUUUUCGCUUCUUCUUCUUUUCUUCUUUUCUUCUUCCUUUUUGUUACUACCUAUCAUAUAUACUGUUUUUAAUCGGUAGCAUAGCCAAAAACUCAUGAUAAAGUGGGAAGAUGUUUACAAGGUGGUGGAAGCCACGGCUCCACUCUACGUGGCCUUAAUAUUAGGUUAUGGGUCAGUGAAAUGGUGGAAAAUUUUCACUCCUGACCAGUGUGGUGCUAUAAAUCGUUUCGUUUGUUUCUUCACUCUUCCCCUCUACACAUUCGAUUUCACAGCCCACGUCGACCCUUUCAAGUGGAACUAUCGGUUCAUAGCAGCCGAUGCUAUAUCGAAGGUGAUCAUUGUUGUGAUCUUGGCCUUUUGGGCCAAGUUGAGUAACAAAGGCAGCUAUGCUUGGUCCAUUACAAGCUUUUCUUUGUGCACUUUGACAAAUUCUCUUGUCGUUGGAGUGCCUCUAAUGAAAGCCAUGUACGGUCAAAUAGGUGUUGAUAUUGUCGUUCAGUCUUCUGUCGUACAAGCCAUCAUUUGGAUGACCCUUCUUUUGAUUGUGCUCGAGUGUUACCGUACGGCCGGGAUUGAUAUUUCGUCAAACGACAAAAAAAUUAGUGUCGUUGCUGAUUUGAAUGAUAAUGGGGUGACUGCUGCUACCACAAAGGAUUUGGAAAUAAACGCGGUGGAAGAGUGUGUUGGUGAUAAAAGUAGUAGUAGUGAUACUCCACAGUCUUACUGGUCGUUGAUUAAGGUUGUGGGGUUUAAAGUGGCUAUGAACCCCAACUCUUAUGCGGUAUUCAUUGGCCUUAUUUGGGCUAUCAUCGCCAGCAGGUGUCAUAUUAAGAUGCCAAGCAUAAUUGAAGGGUCCAUAUCGAUCAUGUCAAAAGCUGGGGCAGGCACUGCCAUGUUUAGUAUGGGGAUCUUCAUGGCGCUACAAAAAAAGAUAAUUGCAUGUGGGUUGAGAUUAACAGUGUUUGGAAUGGUAUUGAGGUUUAUUGCCGGACCCGCCGCUAUGGCUAUCGGAUGUAUUGCCGCCGGCUUGCAUGGUGAUAUUCUACGUGUAGCUAUCGUUCAGUCAGCACUACCACAAGCGAUUGCAUCUUUUAUCUUUGCCAAAGAAUACGGAUUGCAUGCUGAAGUACUCAGCACAGCGGUUAUCUUUGGGACGAUGGUGUCUGUUCCAGUGCUCAUAGCUUUUUAUAUCGGUCUAGAUGUGUUACAUUUGCAUUUUCUAUAGUUGAUUAAUUAAUUUGGUUAAAUUCCAUUUUUCUCUUAGGGCUCGUUUGGAACGCCGUAUUAGGUCGUAUUGUAUUGUAUUAUAUUGAAUUGUAUUUUAUGUAAUAUUUUUAUGUAAAACUAUAUGUGGUAUUAA